AUGCCCCCCCAGCACUGGUUACGUCGUGCAGCCGCCGGUGCUGCUGGGGUGGCCGCAGGUGCCUGCAUGUUGCGCUGGCGGCGGCCAUCCUUCGCCUGGGCAGCCGGCAGAGAGCCUAUCGCUCGCUUCGGCGUCGUCGCCGAUGUCCAGUAUGCCGACGUCGACGAUGCAUACAACUUCCGGCGGACCCAAAAGCGACGCUACCGCGGCGCACUGGAGGCGCUGCGCAUGGCCGUCGAGGACUGGAAGAAAGGUCCCCCCCUCGACUUCAUCGCCGAUCUGGGAGACAUCAUCGACCAGCAGUGCGAAACCAACCGCGACUCUAAGCGAGCCUUGGACCAAGUGCUGGAUGCCUUUCGUUCUGCGCCAGCGAAUGUGGUGCACCUCGUGGGCAACCACGAGCUGUACAAUUUCAACAGGGAUGAGCUGCGAACUUUGAUCCCCAACAUCUGGCCGUGGUACCGCUGCAUGCAGCUUGCACCUGGCUGGCGUGUGCUGAUUCUCGAUGCAUAUGAGAUUAACAUGAUCGAGAAGGACGCGGCCGAAACGGUAGAAGAGGGCAUCGAGUACCUGAGCAAGUACAACCCCAACGACCUGCGCGCGCCGCGGGGCACCGUCGACCUCGCAGCGGGCCUGCAAGGCUUGGAGAAGCGCUUUGUUCCUAUGGCAGGUGCGAUCAAGUCGGAGCAGCUGCAGUGGAUGCGCGAGGAGCUCGCUGCUGCGCGAAGAACCGGCGAUCAGACGAUUGUUCUGACGCAUCUUCCAUUCUAUCCCGCCUCAGCGGUCCCGGCGGCGCUGCUUUGGAACUACGACGAGCUCCUGGAUGUCUUGCGGGAAUUCCGUGGCUCUGUGCCAUUGGUCCUCGCAGGCCAUGGGAAACGGAGCAUAUAG